GACAUUUCUUUGACGUUUACAUUUUGGUUUUGGAUAGACUUUUCAAGUUCUUUCCAAUAUCGUGUAAUUUUUAUUUGCCUCACAGUGAGAAAUGUUUACUUAGAACAGUUUAUUAAUAAAUAAAACGAGAACGGUUUAUAUCAAAAGAACAAAAUGGGUGAUCGCAUCAACAAAGGGUCAACUCGAUCUGCGCGUGAUGAUUCUAGACCGGGCAGGGAGAGGCGGCGGUCGAGGUCCCGGUCCCGAUCUCCAAAGCGGAGUUCACCCCACACCAGACGAUGGGAUUCAAGGGAAGAUUCAAGAAGCCGGGAAUAUAGAGAUAAAAAAAGUCCUGUAGACAAAUGGGAAGAGUCUGAUGAGGAAGUACCUGCACCACCACCUCCACCUCGCAUUAGCAAGAUCUCCAUUGGCUUCACCAAACCUAAAGCUCCCAUCAAAAUGACUCUGGGCAUGCCCUCCAAGGCUUCCGUAAAUGCAAAACCUUCGGUUGCAUCAGUGUUCAACGCUGAUGAUGAAGAUGAGGAACCUGAAGAAAUGCCAGCGGAGGCGCGCAUGAGGAUGAGAAAUAUUGGGAGGGAAACACCAACAUCGGCUGGUCCCAACUCCUUCGGCAAAACAAAGCAAGGUUUCUGUGAUGCUAAGAAGGUGUUUGAAAAGAAUCUGAAACAUGCUUUAGAAUCUGUGGACAAACCGACAAUGGCCAAGCUACCACAGACUAUAUACAAAAUCAAAGGACCAUGAUAAUAUAUUCAAUGUUUUGUAGAUUUUGGCCUCUUGUCUUGUAAUAUUUUAUCUAUAGUUAAUGUAUAACAUUAAAAAAAAUGUAAAAUAGAAUUUAUGCAAUUAUCUUUAUACUUUUAACAUUGAAUAUGGCAAAUAUUGAUUGGGUAAUAUCAAAUUUUAUUUUAGUCCAUUUUAAAGGAGACCAAUAAGAUGUUUAAACUUUUUUUUAUUAAUUAAUUGAAAAUAUUUCAAUGCAAAAGCUUGUCUUGUCUAUGUCUUGAUGCUUAGUUACUUAGUAUGGUAAUAUUGAGAACUUUUUUUGCAUUCUUUUCACAGAAUUAUUUACUCUUACGUGCCAUUUAACUGAUUUCAAUGUAUUCUAAUGCAAUUUGAAAUUUACAUUUUUUUUUCUUAUCUACAUAUACUUAUAUAUUUUCGAGAAAAAAAAAUUGUAAAGUCCGUGAAACGACCUUUGUUCUGAUUAAUAUUUUAACAUACUGAUGCACUUUAUAAAUGCAAGUAGUAGAAAUUAAGGUAAAAAUUAUGAUAGCUCAUUACUUGUGUGUUUAGGUUGUUUUUCACUCAAAACUGUAUGGAACCUAUUUCUUUCAAUACCCAAUUAAAAUAUAUUAAUUCCGAAACAUGUUAACUACAGUGUUGAAUACUUGAGUCUCUUAAAUUUUCUUCUAGGAACCUUAGAUUAUGUAUUAAAAAACUAAAUAUAUUUUUACGAGAUA